AUAUGUAUGUGUAUAUAUAUAUAUAUAUCAUGUGUAUUAUAUUAUCUAUAUGUAUCUGAUUACUUAUAAAUUAUAAGGCGUUAGUUAGCCGAGACGUUGCAUCAAUCUCAGGUGCUGGGUCUGUCCAAACCUUCCAACUCCCUAACGGAAACCACUUUCUCAUCUGAUCUCUCCCUUAUAUUCAUCUCUUGGGGCCCUUUCCCUGGCCUCUUAAUUUGUCUUCAGUUCUUUCCUUCCUUAAUUCCUUUCCUGCAGUACUACUCAUGGUACUGCAGCCUUCUCGAUCUCUAGCUAGUUAAGAUAUAUCUAUGCUUAAUUACGUAUUGUGAUCUUGUUUUUGAUCUCGAGAAGACGAAUAAGCAAAAGGGUACUUGAAAGAGGAAUAAUUUCGAUCGUCAUCGAUCCUUGAGUUAGCUAGUUGCUAGCUAGGGUUUUGAUCAUCGAUCGGCCCUGCGCGCUGUUUCUUUUUGGUGGUAUUUAUUCGUUUUUAUUGGAAGAUAUAGAUCAUAAGAUGUGCACCAGGGGUCACUGGAGGCCUGCUGAAGAUGAGAAACUCCGGGAGUUGGUGGAACGCUAUGGACCCCACAACUGGAACGCCAUAGCUGAAAAGCUCCAAGGGAGAUCAGGGAAGAGCUGUAGAUUGAGAUGGUUCAAUCAGCUGGACCCAAGAAUCAAUAGAAGCCCCUUUACAGAAGAGGAAGAAGAGCGGCUUUUGGCUUCCCACAGGAUCCAUGGAAAUAGAUGGGCUGUAAUCGCAAGACUAUUCCCUGGUCGCACAGAUAAUGCAGUGAAGAACCAUUGGCAUGUUAUCAUGGCACGAAGAUGCAGAGAAAGAUCUAAGCUUUAUGCAAAAAGGGCCGCUCAGACUUUAAUGAUUGAGCAAAAAUCUUCUUUAAAGCAAGAGGCAGCCGUCCAGAUCAAGAGCUCUGACACAAGAAACCUUUCGCCCUAUAAUUUUGAGAAAUAUCGUGAAAUUAGAUAUGAGUACCCUUUCACAAAUUACACAUGUCCCCAAUUUCCCAAAGAGUGGUUUUCUCAAGAUCGAAGUCCUUGUAUCACUAUGCUUGAAGAUAAAAGGCAGACGAUUGAGUUUUAUGAUUUUCUUCAAGUAAAUACGGAGUCGAAUGGAAGUGAAGUGAUAGACAACGCAAGAUCUAGAGAUGAUGAGGAGGUAAACCAGCUGGAAGCUGCUGCGGAUAAGGAACAACAGCAGAGCAAGGCUGCAGGUGUUCCAUUCAUAGAUUUCUUGGCUGUUAAUGGAAGCUAGGAUGCAUGCAUGUUGCUACUGCAUUCACAGAGAUUAUAUUUAAAGGCCGUCUGAUCAUGAGUCGUGUACGUAGCAUGUAGGCAUAUAUAUAUAUACAUUCACACACUCAGGCUAAUUAUAAGGCUGAAGAUCAUGAAGACAAACUGGAGGAAUCAUAUAAAAUGGUAGUACUUAAAAUCUAUCCUGCAUCGGAUAAUUCUAUAAAUAUAUAUUUGAUGAUUCUAUCUCUUGAAUAUCGAUGAUCAAUUUGAUAUGAGUACUCUAAAUAUAUAUUAAAGGGGAUCAUAGUAUAACUUAUAUUGUUAUUUUUA